AUGGAAGGCGCGCGAGCCAAGAAAAAGGGGGCGGGACGAACGACGGGGGCGAAUCACCGGAGGGGAAGGAGGGAAGGGUGCCCGAGGGGAAGAGAGGCGAAGAAAGGGGCAACCGGGAAGAAGGCGAGCGCGGUCACGAGGCGCAAACCGGGUGUGGGGAAGAGGAAGACAGAAAGGAGCAGGGAAGACAGGGAAUGGCGGCGAGGCAGGGAAGCAGACAGAGGCGGGGCCAGAGUGGGGCAAGCCGGAAAGGCAGCAAGCCAAAAGAAAGCAGCACCACGGGCCGCAGAGGGGGCGAACGGAAGGGGCGCGGGAGGAAGCGAGAGGAGACAGAUCCGCGGCCAGCGGCAGGGGAUAGGAAGCAGGACGGCGAGAGAAACGACAGACAGACAAGGGAGAGGGAGGGGGGGGACGCAGGGACAGGGAGCGCGACCAAGCGCAGAGCAGAGGAGGAGCCGGGGACGGGGAGUGAGGCGGGGUGGAGGGCGGCAACACAAGAAGAAGGGCAAGAGGGCGGCGCAGCGCAAGCCAAGGAGACAGAGGGGCUGCGAAAGGCAGCGACGAGGAGCAAGGGGGACGCGAAGGGGAGCAAAGAACAAGCGGGACGGACGGGGGCGGGACGGGACAGACGGGCGGAGCGGGGACCGUCCCCCCCCUCCGGAGGGACCACACAGGAGGGCAAAGAGAGGGAACAGAUCCAAGGACGACACGCAACAGCCACAGAGGACACGAGCGCACAAGGGGGCCAGAAGGAGGAAUAGGCGAAGGGAAGCAAGGGGAGGCAGAGGAGGGGAGGAAGCCAACGGCAAGGGGGGCGGCGGACCACAGGGAGGCCAGCAGCACAGACGGCAGAGCAAGAAAGGGAGGGAGGGAAUACGGCGAAGGGACAGGAAAGGGCCAGCACACCACAGGAAGGGGGAGAGGAGAGAACGGACCGGGGGGGCCGGAGGGCACGCGGGGAAGGGAAGGAGAAAGAGGGCGAAAGGAAAGGGACAGGGCAGCGGAGAUAGCAGCAGCGGGAGCAAGGCGGGGAAGAGGAGGGGCAGCGAGGGGAGAAGGCGGGCAGCGGACCGGAGGCACGGGGGGGCGUGGGGAGCGGAGGACAGAAGGGCAAAGCAAAAGGGAGGGGGGGAGAAAGCUGAGGGCAGGGAAGGCGAGGGCAUGGCGGCGCAAGGCAAAAGAAGAGGGGCAAGGGAGAAGGCAGACGAGAGCAAGAAGAGAAGGCAGGGAGAGAGGCCAGGGGCGCAAACAAAAGAGAGGGCCCGGGGCGCAUGCAGAACACGACGGCGAUGGGCGGGGAGAGAGACAGAGGGCACAGGACAGGAGAGGACCAGGAAACCCAGAGAGGACCAUGGCAGGACGGGCGAACGGGGGGGAGAGCACAGGAAGGGACGGGGGCCGGUCGGGAGGAGAGGAAAACAGGAGGCAGGGGACUGGGCAUAG